GAUGACACUUCGCACCGAUCGCCCGCCUGGAAGCCCUAUCUGUACAAGGGCAAGAGCAAGUUGACCCUGUCAAUCGUGGAAACGAUCAACUGUACCCUCUACGGCAAGCCCGAAUAUGAAGAUGAGUGCUUCAUCCAGGGCACCGUUUACUGUUGUGCUGACAUUGCUGGAGUGCCAGAAGUGUGCGUGCCCAUCUCAUUCCAGCCGCAUACUGCCAAGACUUCCUCGGGGGCCGAGGCUGAGGAGGACACCAGCUUGCAUUCCUCCCCACCGGAAAUCAGCGUGCACAACUGUGCACACAUCGUUGGGGGCAUCAAGCCAGCCAAGGACGAGUCCUUCAAAAUUUCCUGUCUGCCACCAACAGGGCCUUUCGUUCUUUGCAGGUACAACUUCCGGCGCAGCCCAAGCAUACCCGUGCGAGGCUUCUAUCAACUGAAAGAGCUUUCGCCGGUCGAGUUUCGCCUCCUACUGCAGGUCCAGCUGCAUCCUCUCGUUUCUUCUGCCAGCAGCAGCGGAUCCUGGAACUGCCAAGUGAGGCUCCCUUUCGACCACCGCGGUGUAAUCCGAUCCCACGACUUGAAAUGCACCAGUGGUUCUUUCUCUCUCGCUGAUCAUAGUCGGAGCAUCGUGUGGAAUCUCAAUGUGCGGAGACCCCGAGGUACCUUGGAGGCCAACCUUCUGGGCGAACUUAUCUUCGAAGCUCCACAGAAGCCGCAGCAAGAGCAGCAGACGCGCGACUGUGGGAAGGAGUCUCAGGAGCCGUCUGAGAUCGAGGAGUUUGAGAAAUCAGGAGCGCCAGCCGCCAACGAUGCUUCAGCCUCUCGAUCGGGCGUCGACAUGCCCCUCGAAAUUCGUGGCCGUCGUCUUCCCUGCUUCUCAACGCAGCUGGCGGUGGUGCACAUGCUGGAGGCGAAGGAGCGAGAACGAGAAGGUGGCAUGGAUUCCAGCUUCAAGGCGAAGUGGCCGGAGGCUUCCCUGAGUGUUACAAAUGCAGAUGAAAACCAGUUCGACGUCCGCUCGGGCACGAGCUUCUCGCCUGAGCCGUUGGAUGAUUGUGGAAACCAAGAAGGGCCGAACGACGAUGACAGCCAGGUUGACCUGGAGCACGGCAGCCUGGUGAUCGCAGCCGUCGGUGCCCCCCGGGCUGCCUUGGCGAAGCCGGCAGCUGUGGCAAAAGGUGCAUUGCCAGCUGCAACCCCGACAGCUGCUUCUGCCAAUCUGGGUACCAUGACACCACCAGAGGACCCCUUCCUCAUGGGUGUGAACUGCUACGCGGAGGUCUUCUUGGAAGUACCCGAUGUGGCGCUGUCCGGGAUACACGUCGACCCAAAGGCUGUCACAGUUUACCCCACGACUCGCGUCUAUGGGGGGGUUGCCGUGCAGAAGGAGUUCCUGACCGGAAAGUACAUCAUUUGGAACAUGGCCGGAGACGUGCGAGGUCACUUCAACGGACUUGAGUUCGACCGGGAAAGUGCAGAUGCUCAGCCGCUGCAACCGGGAGAGCUCUACCCCAACCGCGUUCUCAAGGACGAAAUCAUUGAGCAACUGCUAAAGCUGUCCAAAACGGCAGAGGACAACGGCGAGUACGAGCUCUCCGAUGCAGCACGGGCCAGGGUUACCCACAUCCGGGGACUGGCGAUUCCACCGCUCCAGGGUGAUGGCAAACGAACUACUCGAAUUCAGAAAGUAUUGGAUCGCUGUGCCAUCUAUGCAGUGUGGUGUGGCCUCCUCGCUUGGGAGCAGAUGCUUGUGUUCACGACAUCCUUCGGAGCGAUCUUGUGUCUACUCCUCGAUGCGCGCAACUCCUUGCGCAUGCGGGUUGGCACUAUGCUCAACAAAAGCGCGUCCUCACCCCAUCCGCCGCUGCUGGCGGCGUUCUUGAAAUACGCCUUCUUCUCGACACCAGCACCUGGGCACUGGUCUUGGCAUGGGCGUGCUGCACUGGCAGCAUUGCGGGGGAUGCUCGUUCUCUCCGUGGCUCCCAUGUGCCUGACCUUCGCGCUUGGUGGCGCACUGUCGGUAGCGCACUUCUCGGCCAAAGUCAGCGAGGUGCGCGCUGUGGAGUUUGAGCGUGCAGGGCAAAACCGAUGGUUCCUACGUCUUCUGCAGGUCUGCAGCGCAGUGACCGGCAUGUCCAGCUUCGUCCUGUUCCUUCGGCUCUGCUUGGAUCAAAAGGAGCGAGUCGUGAAGUGA